AGCCGGAGGCGGCUCGGAGAUGGGGCUGUGAGCUUCGCCCGGGGAGGGGGAAAGAGGAGAGGAGAGAAAAGCUGGGGGUGAAGGGCUUGGAUUUGGGGGGAGGGGGCGUACCCCAGAAGCAGGCCCUCACCGAGGGGCUCAGAACACUACCUCUUCACCUACGCCCUGGUGUGCUCUGCCGGAGGACAGGAUAAGAAUAGAGGAGGGGGAGGGGAAAGAAGGGGACCCCCCAAUUGGGGGGGGCAACGGCGAGAAGUAGCAGGACCAGAGGGGAGGGGGCUGCUGCUUGCAUCAGCCACACCAUGCUGACCCCGCCGCCGCCGCUGCUGCUGCUGCCCCUGCUCUCAGCUCUGGUCACGGCUGCUAUCGACGCCCCGAAGACAUGCAGCCCCAAACAGUUUGCGUGCAGAGACCAGAUCACCUGUAUCUCCAAAGGCUGGCGGUGUGACGGCGAGAGGGACUGUCCGGACGGGUCAGAUGAGGCCCCUGAGAUUUGCCCACAGAGCAAGGCCCAGCGAUGUCAGCCAAACGAGCACAACUGUCUGGGCACCGAGCUGUGCAUCCACAUGUCCCACCUCUGCAACGGCGUCCAGGACUGCGCCGACGGCUCGGACGAGGGGGCGCACUGCCGAGAGCUCCGAAGCAACUGCUCCCAGCUGGGCUGCCAGCACCACUGUGUCCCCACUCUCGGUGGGCCCGCCUGCUACUGCAACCACAGCUUCCAGCUGCAGGCAGACGGCAAGACCUGCAAAGACUUUGACGAGUGCUCGGUCUACGGCACCUGCAGCCAGCUCUGCACCAACACCGAUGGCGCCUUCACGUGUGGCUGUGUGGAAGGCUACUUGCUGCAGCCAGACAACCGCUCCUGCAAGGCCAAGAACGAGCCCGUCGACCGCCCCCCUGUGCUGCUCAUCGCAAACUCCCAGAACAUCCUGGCCACGUACCUGAGUGGGGCCCAGCUGUCCACCGUCACGCCCACCAGCACGCGGCAGACCACUGCCAUGGACUUCAGCUACGCCAACGAGACCGUGUGCUGGGUGCACGUCGGGGACAGCGCGGCCCAGACGCAGCUCAAGUGCGCCCGCAUGCCGGGCCUGAAGGGCUUCGUGGACGAGCACACCGUCAACAUCUCCCUCAGCCUGCACCACGUGGAGCAGAUGGCCAUCGACUGGCUGACCGGCAACUUCUACUUUGUGGAUGACAUAGACGACCGCAUCUUCGUCUGCAACCGCAACGGGGACACGUGUGUCACCCUGCUGGACCUGGAGCUCUACAACCCCAAGGGCAUCGCGCUGGACCCUGCGAUGGGGAAGGUGUUUUUCACGGACUACGGGCAGAUCCCCAAGGUGGAGCGCUGUGACAUGGACGGGCAGAACCGCACCAAGCUGGUGGACAGCAAGAUCGUGUUUCCCCACGGCAUCACCCUGGACCUGGUCAGCCGCCUCGUAUACUGGGCGGACGCCUACCUGGACUACAUCGAGGUGGUGGACUACGAGGGCAAGGGCCGGCAGACCAUCAUCCAGGGCAUCCUGAUCGAGCACCUCUAUGGCCUGACGGUGUUUGAGAACUACCUGUACGCUACCAACUCGGACAACGCCAACGCCCAGCAGAAGACGAGCGUGAUCCGCGUGAACCGCUUCAACAGCACCGACUACCAGGUGGUCACCCGCGUGGACAAGGGGGGCGCCCUCCACGUCUACCACCAGCGGCGGCAGCCCCGAGGCAUCCACAAUGUGGAAGGCGUAGCCGUGGACUGGAUGGGGGACAAUCUGUACUGGACGGACGACGGCCCCAAGAAGACCAUCAGUGUGGCCAGGCUGGAGAAGGCUGCCCAGACCCGCAAGACCUUAAUCGAGGGCAAGAUGACGCACCCCAGGGCCAUUGUGGUGGAUCCGCUCAACGGGUGGAUGUACUGGACAGACUGGGAGGAGGACCCCAAGGACAGUCGGCGAGGGCGGCUGGAGAGGGCCUGGAUGGACGGCUCGCACCGGGACGUCUUCGUCACCUCCAAGACGGUGCUUUGGCCCAACGGGCUGAGCCUGGACAUCCCGGCGGGGCGCCUGUACUGGGUGGACGCCUUCUACGACCGCAUCGAGACCAUACUGCUCAACGGCACGGACCGCAAGAUCGUCUAUGAGGGCCCCGAGCUGAACCACGCCUUCGGCCUGUGCCACCACGGCAACUACCUCUUCUGGACCGAGUACCGGAGCGGCAGCGUGUACCGCCUGGAGCGGGGCCCGGACGGCGCCCCGCCCACCGUCACGCUCCUGCGCAGCGAGCGGCCCCCCAUCUUUGAGAUCCGCAUGUACGACGCCCAGCAGCAGCAAGUGGGAACCAACAAAUGCCGAGUGAACAACGGGGGCUGCAGCAGCCUGUGCCUGGCCACCCCCGGGAGCCGCCAGUGCGCCUGCGCCGAGGACCAGAUGUUGGCCCCGGACGGCGUCACCUGCCUGGCCACGAGGCCCCCGGGCGGCUGCCACUCGGACGAGUUCCAGUGCCGGCUGGACGGGCUGUGCAUCCCCCUGCGGUGGCGCUGUGACGGGGACACGGACUGCAUGGACUCCAGCGACGAGAAGAGCUGCGAGGGGGUGACCCACGUGUGCGACCCCAACGUCAAGUUCGGCUGCAAGGACUCGGCUCGGUGCAUCAGCAAAGCCUGGGUGUGUGACGGCGACAGCGACUGCGAGGACAACUCGGACGAGGACCACUGCGAGUCGCUGGCCUGCCGGCCGCCCUCGCACCCCUGCGCCAACAGCAGCGCCGUCUGCCUGCCCCCCGACAAGCUGUGUGACGGCAAGGACGACUGCGGGGACGGCUCGGAUGAGGGCGAGCUGUGCGACCAGUGUUCCCUGAACAACGGCGGCUGCAGCCACAACUGCUCAGUGGCGCCCGGUGAAGGCAUCGUGUGCUCGUGCCCCCUGGGCAUGGAGCUGGGGCCUGACAACCACACCUGCCAGAUCCAGAGCUACUGCGCCCGGCACCUCAAGUGCAGCCAGAAGUGCGACCAGAACAAGUUCAGCGUGAAGUGCUCCUGCUACGAGGGCUGGGCGCUGGAGCCCGACGGCGAGAGCUGCCGCAGCCUGGACCCCUUCAAGCCGUUCAUCAUCUUCUCCAACCGCCAUGAGAUCCGGCGCAUCGACCUUCACAGAGGGGACUACAGCGUCCUGGUGCCCGGCCUGCGCAACACCAUCGCGCUGGACUUCCACCUCAGCCAGAGCGCCCUCUACUGGACGGACGUGGUGGAGGACAAGAUCUACCGCGGGAAGCUGCUGGACAACGGAGCGCUGACCAGUUUCGAGGUGGUGAUUCAGUACGGCCUGGCCACCCCCGAGGGCCUGGCUGUGGACUGGAUCGCAGGCAACAUCUACUGGGUGGAGAGCAACCUGGACCAGAUUGAGGUGGCCAAGCUGGACGGGACCCUUCGCACCACCCUGCUGGCCGGGGACAUUGAGCACCCACGGGCCAUCGCGCUGGACCCCCGGGAUGGGAUCCUGUUCUGGACAGACUGGGACGCCAGCCUGCCCCGCAUCGAGGCCGCCUCCAUGAGUGGGGCCGGGCGCCGGACCAUCCACCGUGAGACCGGCUCGGGGGGCUGGCCCAACGGGCUGACCGUGGACUACCUGGAGAAGCGCAUCCUCUGGAUCGACGCCAGGUCCGAUGCCAUUUACUCAGCUCGGUACGACGGCUCCGGCCACAUGGAGGUUUUGCGGGGACACGAGUUCCUGUCACACCCGUUUGCAGUGACGCUGUACGGGGGGGAGGUGUACUGGACAGACUGGCGCACCAACACGCUGGCCAAGGCCAACAAGUGGACCGGCCACAACGUCACCGUGGUGCAGCGGACCAACACCCAGCCCUUCGACCUGCAGGUGUACCACCCCUCGCGCCAGCCCCUGGCCCCAGAGCUCAGCCCCCAGCCGCCCUGCACCCCCAACCCUGCUCUCCCAUGUGCCCCAGACCUGCCCAACGCGCACGGGCUGGCCGUGGACUGGGUGUCCCGAAACCUGUUCUGGACGAGCUACGACACCAACAAGAAGCAGAUCAACGUGGCCCGGCUGGACGGCUCCUUCAAGAACGCAGUGGUGCAGGGCCUGGAGCAGCCCCACGGCCUCGUCGUCCACCCCCUGCAGGGGAAGCUCUACUGGACGGACGGUGACAACAUCAGCAUGGCCAAUAUGGACGGCAGCAACCGCACCCUGCUCUUCAGCGGCCAGAAAGGCCCCGUGGGCCUGGCGAUCGACUUCCCCGAGAGCAAGCUCUACUGGAUCAGCUCCGGGAACCACACCAUCAACCGCUGCAACCUGGACGGGAGCGAGCUGGAGACCAUCGACGCCAUGAGCAGCCAGCUGGGCAAGGCCACCGCGCUGGCCAUCAUGGGGGACAAGCUGUGGUGGGCAGACCAGGUGUCGGAGAAGAUGGGCACGUGCAACAAGGCGGACGGCUCGGGGGCCGUGGUCCUGCGGAACAGCACCGCGCUGGUGAUGCACAUGAAGGUCUACGACGAGAGCGUCCAGCUGGACCACGAGGGCACCAACCCCUGCAGUGUCAAUAACGGCGACUGCUCCCAGCUCUGCCUGCCCACGUCGGCGUCCACCCGCUCCUGCAUGUGCACGGCCGGCUACAGCCUGCGGAGCGGCCAGCAGGCCUGCGAAGGCGUGGGCUCCUUCCUCCUGUACUCUGUGCACGAGGGGAUCCGAGGAAUCCCCCUGGACCCCAAAGACAAGUCAGAUGCCCUCGUCCCAGUGUCGGGGACCUCGCUGGCCGUGGGCAUUGACUUCCAUGCAGAAAACGACACCAUUUACUGGGUGGACAUGGGCCUGAGCACCAUCAGCAGGGCUAAGCGAGACCAGACGUGGCGUGAGGAUGUGGUGACCAAUGGUAUUGGCCGUGUCGAGGGCAUCGCCGUGGACUGGAUCGCAGGCAACAUCUACUGGACAGACCAGGGCUUUGACGUCAUCGAGGUUGCCCGGCUCAACGGCUCUUUCCGCUAUGUGGUCAUCUCCCAGGGUCUGGACAAACCCCGGGCCAUCACCGUCCACCCGGAGAAGGGGUACCUGUUCUGGACGGAGUGGGGCCAGUACCCCCGUAUCGAGCGCUCUCGGCUGGACGGCACCGAGCGAGUGGUGCUGGUUAAUGUCAGCAUCAGCUGGCCCAAUGGCAUCUCAGUGGACUAUCAGGAUGGGAAGCUGUACUGGUGUGACGCCCGGACGGACAAGAUCGAGAGGAUCGACCUGGAGACAGGUGAGAACCGCGAGGUGGUUCUGUCCAGCAACAACAUGGACAUGUUCUCAGUGUCCGUGUUUGAGGAUUUCAUCUAUUGGAGCGACAGGACGCACGCCAACGGCUCCAUCAAGCGCGGGAGCAAAGAGAACGCCACGGACUCCGUGCCCCUGAGGACGGGCAUCGGCGUCCAGCUCAAGGACAUCAAGGUCUUCAACCGGGACCGGCAGAAAGGCACCAACGUCUGCGCGGUGGCCAACGGCGGGUGCCAGCAGCUGUGCCUGUACCGGGGCGGGGGCCGGCGGGCCUGCGCCUGCGCCCACGGGAUGCUGGCCGAGGACGGGGCGUCCUGCCGCGAGUACGCCGGCUACCUGCUCUACUCGGAGCGCAGCAUCCUCAAGAGCGUGCACCUGUCGGACGAGCGCAACCUCAACGCGCCGGUGCAGCCCUUCGAGGACCCCGAGCACAUGAAGAACGUCAUCGCGCUGGCCUUCGACUACCGCGCGGGCACCAGCCCCGGCACCCCCAACCGCAUCUUCUUCAGCGACAUCCACUUCGGGAACAUCCAGCAGAUCAACGACGACGGCUCCGGGAGGACCACCAUCGUGGAGAACGUGGGCUCCGUGGAGGGUCUGGCCUAUCACCGAGGCUGGGACACCCUCUACUGGACCAGCUACACCACGUCCACCAUCACCCGCCACACGGUAGACCAGACCCGCCCGGGAGCCUUCGAGCGUGAGACGGUCAUCACCAUGUCCGGAGACGACCACCCCCGGGCCUUUGUGCUGGACGAGUGCCAGAACCUGAUGUUCUGGACCAACUGGAACGAGCAGCACCCCAGCAUCGUGCGGGCAGCGCUGUCUGGGGCCAACACCCUGACCCUCAUUGAGAAGGACAUCCGCACCCCCAACGGCCUGGCCAUCGACCACCGGGCCGAGAAGCUGUACUUCUCCGACGCCACGCUGGACAAGAUUGAGCGCUGCGAGUACGACGGCUCCCACCGCUACGUGAUCCUGAAGUCGGAGCCGGUGCACCCGUUCGGGCUGGCCGUGUACGGGGAGCACAUCUUCUGGACCGACUGGGUGCGGCGGGCAGUGCAGCGGGCCAACAAGCACGUGGGCAGCGACAUGAAACUCCUGCGCGUGGACAUCCCCCAGCAGCCCAUGGGCAUCAUCGCCGUGGCCAAUGACACCAACAGCUGCGAGCUCUCCCCUUGCCGCGUCAACAACGGGGGCUGCCAGGACCUGUGCCUGCUCACCCACCAGGGCCACGUCAACUGCUCCUGCCGAGGGGGCCGCGUCCUCCAGGGGGACCUCACCUGCCGAGCCGUGAAUUCCUCUUGCCGAGCACAAGACGAGUUCGAGUGUGCCAACGGCGAGUGCAUCGACUUCAGCCUGACGUGCGACGGGGUCUCCCACUGCAAGGACAAGUCGGACGAGAAGCCCUCCUACUGCAACUCCCGCCGCUGCAAGAAGACAUUCCGCCAGUGCAACAACGGGCGCUGCGUGCCCACCAUGCUGUGGUGCAACGGGGCGGACGACUGCGGGGACGGCUCGGACGAGAUCCCCUGCAACAAGACAGCCUGCGGGGCCGGUGAAUUCCGCUGCCGCGACGGCACCUGCAUCGGGAACUCCAGCCGCUGCAACCAGUUUGUGGACUGCGAGGACGCCUCGGACGAGAUGAACUGCAGCGCCACCGACUGCAGCAGCUACUUCCGCCUGGGGGUGAAGGGCGUGCGCUUCCAGGCCUGCCCGCGGACGUCCCUCUGCUACGCGCCCAGCUGGGUGUGCGACGGGGCCAACGACUGCGGGGACUACAGCGAUGAGCAAGACUGCCCAGGUGUGAAGCGCCCCAGGUGUCCCCUGAACUACUUCGCCUGCCCCAGCGGGCGCUGCAUCCCCAUGAGCUGGACCUGCGACAAGGAGGACGACUGCGAACACGGCGAAGACGAGCUCCACUGCAACAAGUUCUGCUCGGAGGCCCAGUUCGAGUGCCAGAACCACCGCUGCAUCUCCAAGCAGUGGCUGUGUGACGGCAGCGACGACUGCGGCGACGACGAGGAGCCCUUCCUGAUCUUUGCCAACCGGUACUACCUGCGCAAGCUCAACCUGGACGGCUCCAACUACACGCUGCUGAAGCAGGGCCUGAACAACGCCGUGGCCCUGGACUUCGACUACCGGGAGCAGAUGAUCUACUGGACGGACGUGACCACCCAGGGCAGCAUGAUCCGCAGGAUGCACCUCAACGGGAGCAGCGUGCAGGUGCUGCACCGCACGGGCCUCAGCAACCCUGAUGGCCUCGCCGUGGACUGGGUGGGCGGCAACCUGUACUGGUGUGACAAAGGCCGGGACACCAUCGAGGUGUCCAAGCUCAACGGGGCCUAUCGGACGGUGCUGGUCAGCUCGGGCCUCCGCGAGCCCAGGGCCCUGGUGGUGGACGUGCAGAACGGGUACCUGUACUGGACAGACUGGGGUGACCACUCACUGAUCGGCCGGAUCGGCAUGGAUGGGUCCGGCCGCAGCGUCAUCGUGGACACCAAGAUCACGUGGCCCAACGGCCUGACGCUGGACUACGUCACCGAGCGCAUCUACUGGGCUGAUGCCCGCGAGGACUACAUCGAGUUUGCCAGCCUGGACGGCUCCAAUCGCCACGUCGGUUCCACGAGUCUCUCCCUGGCAGUGCCCAACCACCCCUGCAAGGUCAACAACGGCGGCUGCAGCAACCUGUGCCUGCUGGCCCCGGGGGGCGGCCACAGGUGCGCGUGUCCCACCAACUUCUACCUGGGCAGUGAUGGUCGCACCUGUGUGUCCAACUGCACGGCGAGCCAGUUUGUGUGCAAGAACGACAAGUGCAUCCCCUUCUGGUGGAAGUGCGACACGGAGGACGACUGCGGGGACCACUCGGACGAGCCCCCAGACUGUCCGGAGUUCAAGUGCCGCCCGGGCCAGUUCCAGUGCGCCACGGGCAUCUGUACCAACCCCGCCUUCAUCUGCGACGGGGACAACGACUGCCAGGACCACAGCGACGAGGCCAACUGCGACAUCCACGUGUGCUUGCCCAGCCAGUUCAAGUGCACCAACACCAACCGCUGCAUCCCGGGCAUCUUCCGCUGCAACGGGCAGGACAACUGCGGAGACGGGGAAGACGAGAGAGACUGCCCCGAGGUGACCUGCGCCCCCAACCAGUUCCAGUGCUCCAUCACCAAGCGCUGCAUCCCGCGCGUCUGGGUCUGUGACCGGGACAAUGACUGCGUGGACGGCAGCGACGAGCCUGCCAACUGCACCCAGAUGACCUGCGGAGUGGACGAGUUCCGCUGCAAAGACUCGGGGCGCUGCAUCCCCGCGCGCUGGAAGUGUGACGGCGAGGACGAUUGCGGGGACGGCUCCGACGAGCCCAAGGAAGAGUGUGACGAGCGCACCUGUGAGCCCUACCAGUUCCGCUGCAAGAACAACCGCUGCGUGCCCGGCCGCUGGCAGUGCGACUACGACAACGACUGCGGGGACAACUCGGACGAGGAGAGCUGCAGUACGUGCCCCCCGCGCCCGCCCCUCCGGCCCGGGUCAGGAGCCCUCCAUGUCGUGUACCUGAGUUUGUGCCAUUUCACCUCAUCUCAUGUUUCUCUCCAUUUCCACACUGUCCUCUCGGGGGUGCAGAGGUUGCGGACCUGCCCCCUGGACGAGUUCCAGUGCAACAACACCCUCUGCAAGCCGCUGGCCUGGACGUGCGAUGGCGAAGACGACUGUGGGGACAACUCCGACGAGAACCCCGAGGAGUGCGCCCGGUUCGUCUGCCCGCCGAACCGACCCUUCCGUUGCAAGAACGACCGCGUGUGCCUGUGGGCUGGGCGCCAGUGCGACGGCACGGACCACUGCGGGGACGGGACCGACGAGGAGGACUGUGAGCCCCCAACGGCGCAGCCGACACACUGCAAGGACAAGAAGGAGUUUCUGUGCCGCAACCAGCGCUGCCUGCCCUCCUCUCUGCGCUGCAACAUGUUCGACGACUGCGGGGACGGCUCAGACGAGGAGGACUGCAGCAUCGACCCCAAGCUGACCAGCUGCGCCACCAACGCCAGCCUCUGCGGGGACGAGGCGCGCUGCGUGCGCACCCAGAAGGCCGCCUACUGCGCCUGCCGCGCCGGCUUCCACACCGUGCCCGGCCAGCCCGGGUGCCAGGACAUCAACGAGUGCCUGCGCUUUGGCACCUGCUCGCAGCUCUGCAACAACACCAAGGGCGGCCACCUGUGCAGCUGCGCCCGCAACUUCAUGAAGACGCACAACACCUGCAAGGCCGAGGGCUCCGAGUACCAGGUCCUGUACAUCGCCGACGACAACGAGAUCCGCAGCCUGUUCCCUGGGCACCCCCACUCGGCGUACGAGCAGGCCUUCCAGGGGGACGAGAGUGUCCGCAUCGAUGCCAUGGACGUCCACGUCAAGGCCGGCCGUGUCUACUGGACCAACUGGCACACGGGCACCAUCUCCUACCGCAGCCUGCCGCCUGCCGCCCCUCCCACCACCUCCAACCGCCACCGGCGGCAGAUCGACCGGGGCGUCACCCACCUUAAUAUUUCAGGGCUCAAGAUGCCGAGGGGCAUCGCCGUGGACUGGGUGGCUGGGAACCUGUACUGGACCGACUCGGGCCGGGACGUGAUCGAGGUGGCGCAGAUGAAGGGCGAGAACCGCAAGACGCUCAUCUCCGGCAUGAUCGACGAGCCGCACGCCAUCGUGGUGGACCCGCUGAGGGGCACCAUGUACUGGUCGGACUGGGGGAACCACCCCAAGAUUGAGACGGCGGCCAUGGACGGGACCCUGCGGGAGACGCUGGUGCAGGACAGCAUCCAGUGGCCCACAGGCCUGGCGGUGGAUUACCAUAACGAGCGGCUGUACUGGGCAGACGCCAAACUCUCGGUCAUCGGCAGCAUCCGGCUCAACGGCACGGACCCCAUCGUGGCGGCUGACAGCAAACGAGGCCUGAGUCACCCGUUCAGCAUCGACGUCUUUGAGGACUACAUCUACGGCGUCACCUACAUCAACAACCGGGUCUUCAAGAUCCACAAGUUCGGACACAGCCCCUUGGUCAACCUGACGGGAGGCCCGAGCCACGCCUCCGACGUGGUCCUGUACCACCAGCACAAGCAGCCCGAAGGUGGGCCGCGGGGGCGCGGGGCUCCCGCAGCUCCGCGGCCGGGCACCUGCACCCUGCAGUGCUUCAACGGGGGCAGCUGCUUCCUGAACGCCCGGAGGCAGCCCAAGUGCCGCUGCCAGCCCCGCUACUCCGGCGACAAGUGCGAGCAGGACCAGUGCUGGGGGCACUGCCGCAACGGGGGCACCUGCGCCGCCUCCCCCUCCGGCAUGCCCACGUGCCGCUGCCCCACGGGCUUCACGGGCCCCAGGUGCACCCAGCAGGUGUGUGCGGGCUACUGCGCCAACAACGGCACCUGCAGCGUCAACCAGGGCAACCAGCCCCAGUGCCGCUGCCCGCCCGGCUUCCUGGGUGACCGCUGCCAGUUCCGGCAGUGCUCCGACUACUGCGAGAACUCGGGCACCUGCCAGAUGGCCGCCGACGGCUCCCGGCAGUGCCGCUGCUCCGCCUACUUCGAGGGGCCCCGGUGCCAGGCGAACAAGUGCAGCCGCUGCCUGGGCGGCACCUGUGUGGUCAACAAGCAGAAUGGGGAGGUCACCUGCAACCCCCGCAGGGCUAAGGGCUUCCAGCACCAGCGGAUGACCAACGGCGCCAUGAACGUGGAGAUCGGGAACCCCACCUACAAGAUGUACGAGGGCGGGGAGCCGGAUGACGUGGGGGGCCUCCUGGACGCUGACUUCGCUCUGGACCCUGACAAGCCCACCAACUUCACCAACCCGGUGUACGCCACGCUCUACAUGGGCGGCCAGGGCAGCCGCCACUCCCUGGCCAGCACGGACGAGAAGAGGGAGCUCCUCGGCCGGGGCCCCGAGGACGAGAUAGGGGACCCCUUGGCCUAGGGGUCGGCCCAGCAGGUGCCCCGGCGCCUCCUGCCCCUGCCAGAGAAGCCCUCGCCAGCCCGCCCCCGCCCCCGCCCGCGGCCCUGCCUGCCGGAAUGUAUAAAUGUAAAAAUGAAGGAAUUACUUUUUAUAUGUGAGCGAGCAAGCGAGCAAGCGAGCACAGUAUUAUCUCUCCCCUUCUGCCCCUUCCGGCCUGUGCCUGGGCACGGCCCCUCGUUGCCUGGCGGGGCAGGGCUCACAGGUCGGGCCUCCUCCCGCCUUCCCCCCAAACGCACCCCACUGGGACAGCGGUGGUGCUCCCUCCCUGCCCACUCUGUCCAGGCUCCCCCUCUCCGCGCCCCCCUCCCCGCCCCAGCUCCCGGGCUAGUUCUGGGGGAGCUGCCCUCUGCUGCCCCGGGAAGACUGGCUCUGGCCGGCAGGAAGGAAGGGUGGGUUUUUUUAGUUCUUGGGGAAGGCCAGCGGGCCCCAGCUCCCCCUGCGAGACGCCACGGCCAGCCCCUCCCAGACAGGCCCCCUCUGCAGUGCCCCCAGGCUCCCGGGGCUGGAGACUCUGGUAAGCAGUCUCCCAGCUCCCCUCCCCUGAGGACGAGGAGGGGGCGCGCCAAGGAAGGGCGAGCGGCAGCCCCGUUUUGGGGACAUGAACGUUUUAAUAAUUUUUGCUGAAUUCCUUUACAACUAAAUAACACAAAUAUUGUUAUAAAUAAAAUUGUA